UCUACUUUCUACGUCCUUUGCAUCAAAAAGUACAUAUUCACAUUCAUUUUUGCUGUCAUGAUGCAGAUGACAAAUCUUUCCCCCCACAAUUCUAAGCAUGCUUUUCUGAUGUUUCCUUUGACAGUACAAGGGUAUCGCGUCUUAUGGACAGGCAUGGGAGCACAACUUGCUCGUGAUGCUCCUUUCUCUGGAAUUUGUUGGUCAACCCUUGAGCCUAUCAGGAGAAAACUUCUUGGUUUGGUUGGGGAAGAAUCCGAUGUAUUUACUGUCCUUGGGGCGAUUUUUUCUGCUGGGUUUUUGGCUGGGAGCCUUGGCGCUGCUGCUACCUGUCCUCUAGAUGUUGCAAAAACUCGAAGGCAGAUAGAGAAGGACCCUGUCAGGGCAUUGCGAAUGACCACUCGGCAGACACUGACGGAAGUUUGGAGGGAUGGAGGAAUGAGGGCACUUUUUACAGGAGUGGGCCCUCGUGUAGGCCGUGCUGGCCCUUCCGUUGGGAUUGUGGUUUCGUUCGCUUAUAUCACUCAACUUUUAAUUUUGUCAAUUACAAUUAUCGACUUGGCCAAACCUGCUGGAUUGGGCGACAUUUACAUGGAAAGGUAA